CAAGGACGACGAUAAACAAUUAUUUUAAAAUAAAACAACCGUCGUUUCCACAAUAUCGGCGAGCACGAAAUUCCAAUUAGUUUAAAGUAAACAAACCAGCGCGUUUUACGGUCGAAAAUUCUCGCCUUAUCGAUAAGAAAAACCGACUCGAUUUAGCCAAAUUUUCCGCGUCUCGUUUCCAGAAGAACAUGCAACAAAAUGGCCGAUUCAACGUCAAAUACGACAAGCGCUGCUACGACAUCUACGAGUUCCUGAACAACCAUCCGGGCGGCGCGAAUUACGUUCAACCCUACGAGGAGAAGGACAUCGCGAAGCCCAUGAGCCUCUACGAGCAUUCCAAAGCCGCCUUCUACCUCCUGGAGGAGUACAAAACGGGCGGUCGGCGGGCCAGAGACGGCCAAGAGGAUCUAGAGAAAUACGUGAAUUGGAACGAGCCCAUGUUCGGGCAAGUGACGAAAUUGGGCACCAGGUACUACGAAUGGGUGACGUCGCCGGUCGACAGGGACCUCAGACUGUUCGGGAACCCGGUGCUCGAGUACCUGACGAUCACACCUUGGUACUUGGUGCCCGCCAUUUGGGUGCCGGUUUGCCUUUAUUUCGCCGUGGUGGGGACGCAGAAAUACGAGCACAUUACCAAAGAUCCCAGUCCGCUGACGAGCGCCCUGUUAAUAUUCACAUCAGGCGUCGUCCUGUGGACGCUAAUCGAGUACACGUUGCAUCGAUUCGUGUUCCACAUAGAGCCGUCGGGACGCUCCAAGUUGAUGAUAUAUUUCCAUUUCACCAUACACGGCCUACACCAUAAAGUACCUUUCGAUUCGAAACGCCUGGUUUUUCCGCCCUUUCCCGCCGCGAUAAUCACGUACAUCCUGUACAAAUCGGUGGCGCUCGUCCUGCCGGACUCGAUGAUUCUGCUGGUCCUAGCAGGAGGAAUCGCAGGUUACGUCACGUACGAUAUGAUACAUUUCUAUCUGCAUCACGGCGCACCGACAGAAAAUAGCUAUUUCUAUCACUUGAAGAGAUAUCACAAUCAACAUCACUUCGCCCAUCACGAUAACGGUUUCGGCAUCAGCAGUACGAUGUGGGACAAAGUUUUCGGGACGGCGUUGAAACUGAGAAAGCUGAACAUCGGCAUAAAGUGGUGA